UUACCAGUAGCUCUGGUUCUCCCGUCCCGGGCGCUCACACACACCUUCACCUGCACAGACUUGAAAGUCCAGUUUCACCAGAGAGACUGAGGCAGCAGGAAAAGGGGAGAGAGUUCAUUGGAUCAAACAUGUCACAAGAGACGGACAAUAACAAACGCCUUGUGGCCUUAGUACCAAAUGAGACACCAUUCAAUACCAGACGAGCCUACACAAGUGAAGAUGAAGCCUGGAAGUCGUACCUGGAAAAUCCCCUAACAGCAGCUACCAAGGCUAUGAUGAGCAUAAAUGGAGAUGAGGACAGUGCUGCUGCUCUUGGCCUAUUGUAUGAUUAUUACAAAGUUCCCAGAGAUAAAAGGCUGUUGUCUGUUAACAAAGUGAAUGACAAUCAAGAAGACCAAGAUAAAAGAAAUUGUCUUGGUACUAAUGAAUCUCAGAGUAAUUUGAGUGGAGGAGAGAACAGAGUUCAAGUCUUGAAGACAGUGCCAGUUAAUCUCUCCUUAAACCAAGAACAUCUGGAGUCUUCCAAAAGGGAGUACAGCACAAGUGUAUCUGGGAGCCCAACACCAAUCUCGGUGACUGGAGUUACCGUGGUAAAGGCAGAAGAGUUCACACCAGUUUUUAUGGCCCCGCAAGUGCAUUAUGUUAGGGGCGAAAACGAGGAGCACAGGGGGGUUAUCUUCGAACAGACUCAGUAUGAAGUGCCCAACAUUGCCCCCCAUACAAACUAUCUCAAAGAUGACCAGCGUAGUACUCCUGAUAGUACUUACAGCGACACUUUCAAAGAUGGGGGAACAGAAAAGUACCGCAGUGCAUCAGUAGGGGCUGAGGAAUACAUUUACGAACAAACAGCAAGCAGCACUUUUCAGUAUACUCUAGAAGCUACCAAAUCUCUGCGUCAAAAGCAAGGGGAAGGACCAAUGACCUAUUUGAACAAAGGACAGUUUUAUGCCAUUACUCUGAGCGAGACGGGUGACAACAAGUGUUUCCGACAUCCCAUCAGCAAAGUCAGGAGUGUGGUCAUGGUUGUAUUCAGUGAAGAUAAAAACCGAGAGGAACAGCUGAAGUAUUGGAAAUACUGGCAUUCUCGGCAGCACACAGCUAAACAGAGGGUCCUUGACAUUGCUGAUUACAAGGAGAGCUUUAACACCAUCGGGAAUAUUGAAGAAAUUGCAUACAAUGCUGUGUCCUUUACUUGGGAUGUCAAUGAUGAAGCCAAGAUUUUCAUCACGGUGAAUUGCCUGAGCACGGAUUUCUCCUCUCAAAAAGGAGUGAAAGGGCUUCCUUUGAUGAUUCAGAUAGACACAUACAGCUACAAUAAUCGCAGCAAUAAACCCAUCCACCGGGCCUACUGCCAGAUCAAGGUCUUCUGUGACAAAGGAGCAGAAAGGAAAAUCCGUGAUGAAGAGAGGAAGCAGAACAGGAAGAAAGGGAAAGGCCAACCAUCACAAGCCUCAUGCAAUAACUCAGCCGAAGGGAAAUUGUCUGCUCUCCCUCUGCAAAAAAAGAGUGACAUCACCUACUUCAAAACAAUGACUGACCUGGAUUCCCAGCCAGUUCUCUUCAUACCAGAUAUUCACUUUGGAAACCUACAAAGGACAGGACAGGUUUGCUAUAACAUAGAUGAUGAGAGAGAAGGUAGCAGCAUCCUGGUUAAAAGGAUGUUCCGGCCUGUGGAGGAGGAGUUUGGCCCAUUGCCUUUGAAACAAAUGAAAGAAGAAGGACUGAAAAGAGUGCUUCUGUAUGUGAGGAAAGAGGCGGAUGAAGUGUAUGAUGCUUUGAUGCUAAAGUCACCCACAGUAAAGGGGCUAAUGGAAGCGAUAUCUGAGAAAUAUGGGCUUCCAGUAGAAAAGAUUGCAAAACUUUACAAGAAAAGCAAAAAGGGUAUCUUGGUAAACAUGGAUGAUAACAUCAUUGAGCACUACUCCAACGAGGACACUUUCAUCCUGAACAUGGAGAGCACAGUGGAAGGCUUCAAGAUCACGCUGACUGAGAUCUAGCCCAGCUCAGGGCCCUUUCCUGAGGAACCACAGCAUUUCAUCCUUGUUGUGAAGAAGAACGCUCCCCAGGAACCUUGCAGACUUGUCAACGCUGAUCAGAGAAGCUGUUACAAAAAUGCAUUGAAAAUAUCACCCACUCUGUUAUUCAACACUAAAAACAAACCCAACAAACAGUGACUUGAGUCUGUCAAGCAUGAGGCCAUGCAUGUUCACUUGACCCCUUAUUUAUUGCUCCCCCCUCUUCAAUGUACAAGCGAUUACCAGAGCAGUCACCCCCAGUUCAUGUGAAAUAGCACCUUUUGAACCCAGAUGUUAAAACAGCACAAGUGCCUCCUAAAUUAGGGAAAGGAAUUGUAUUGGUCCAACUUGGGAAAUCUGGUUGAAAUUGCUUUAACAAUAGCCCCCUCCACAAUCAAUUGCCAGAAAAUCUGAUGCUACUAAUUUGUGCAGUGCUAAAGGAGGGGAAAGUGACCAACUGAAUUCACCUACUUAAAAUGAUGCCUAUUGCUCUGUAGCGCAUAGUCUUGCCAAAUACCUCUGGUUGUUCUCUGCGUGUAGCAAUGAGGACGUGUAAGUAAGGCAUUCAUCUAUAUUGUAAUUUGUAAGUAAGCUGGAAAAAAUACCAUUUUAACUUUGUAUAUAAUGUUUAUAAUAUGCAAUAAUAUAUUUUAACCUACUGUACAUGGGCGUGUUUACUGCCACUAUGUUUUUUUGUGUUUGGAUUAAGGGUGAACUGAGUUUCUCCUCUCUGCGAGGUUUAGAUUUCUGCAAACUGCUGAGGGGUGAGGCUGUGCUGGGAAGUUAAUAUUCACAUCUGAUUCAUGGGUUUGGUUCAGUAUUUAUACUGGAAUAUUUACAAGUAUCAGGCCAAAUUCCUCCCUGGUGUAACUCCAUUAACUUCAAAGGGCUAAUUUUGGGGAUGAAUUUGGUCCAUUGCCUCUAAAAAUUGAAUGCACUGCAAUUGUUUGGUGGUUCUAUUGGUGUGUCUCUAUUUUUUUCUCCAAAAUCCUUUCCUUUCUGUCUCAAUGCUGGUCCAUUUCAGGCAUGUUAUUGCAAUGGCCAAUUGCAGAAAUGUUUGCCCAGGUUAAUAGGCCUGAUUCUCUAUUGCUUUGCACCUCAUAUUGUCAUUUCCAUCUGUGCAAAGAUGGGUGUAAAAUGCCAGCAGUCUGAUUUGGUGAUAUAUUGUUUUAACACUUGCUUUGUACAGAUGUAAGCUCCCAACCCUUCACACAUGCGUAACUGUACUCAUGUAUGUAGUCCUAAUGAAAUCAAUACUUUGCAAUAGUAGUUCAGCAUGUACGUAAUCAUUUGCAGGACUGGAACCCAGGCAAGGUUCAGGGGAGAAUCAAACCCAACGUAUCCAGAAUCUGCUUUUUGCUGUAUUUCUGUUUGCAUUGUAGAUCUUCUAUUUCCCCUCCCCAUCUGCAGCUCUCUCUCCAUUAAGUAGUGCUGAAUGAUGUGUCAUGGCCUUUUCAUACUACACACAGUCCUACAUGGCUGCUUUUCUAACCCACCUGUGAUGAGGUAUAAGAGUGGACAUUCUGAGGAAUAGGAAUCUUGUGGUUGAAUUUGGCUUUUGUUUGGAGCAAGGAUCUACCCUGACUUGGACCAGAUCUUGUUUCUGACUCUUCAUAAAAAGAAGUGAAUUCUGGCAGGUUAGAUUCAGGCCUGGGUACGAUGCACAGUCCGACUGAGUUAUGGGAUUUGUUCUUGUAUUUUUCUUUUUUAAAUAGAAGAAAUGUUUGGAAUUCUAAGACAUCUCAACAGGGUCUUUCAGUCAGUCACAAGGGUCCAGUGGGGCUACUCGUGCUUAAAGUUAAGCCUGUGGGUAAAUGUAAACAAACACAUAAGCCCUUUGAUAUCAGGCAAGCUCUUUUAUCUAUUUUAACCAUCUGUGGCUUUUGAUACUAGACUGUUUAGCAAUACACAUGAUUGGCAGGUGUCGAUGGGGAUUCUGGAUUCACCACAUAGUUGCCAUUGCUAAAGAAAGGCUCAGCAAAGCCUGCACAUGUAGCAGCAGUGCUUGGGUUAAUAGCGGACUUAGCAUUCCCUCCCCCAGGAAUGUGUUUAUUCCUUCUCGCCUGCAUAACUGAUAUGAUGUGAAUGUCCUGUGGGUUGCAGUGUGUCCCACUGUCCUGGAGCACUGCUGCUUGCUAGCUUAGGAUGGGUGAGAACUGCAAGGUUUUGGGAAAUGGGAACAGGGGUGAGACAAAACAUCUUUCUGAUCCCAGGCUCAGGAGCUGCAGCUUGUGCACAAUCUGCAAAAGGGAAGGUGCGUCCAAGAUUAACUGAAAAGAUUUUGUAAAAUACACUUUCAAAUAAAGUGCUUAAGAUCCCAUGACAGUGACAGAACAUCCAAAUCCUUCUGGCUUUACUCACACAGGUAGCCUUACUGAAGCUAAAAGCCUCUUUGGAAGCUAAAAGCCUCUUUGGCAAGCAGGAUUUGGCCCGAUAUAGAGAUGGGUUUAACAAUGACUAAUAUAGCUAUAUUAAGCAAAUCUGCUAGUCAUGUCUUCUUUAGAGUUAUUGAUCUGAAGUUUAGGGGGCUCCAGUGGAUGGCAUCCCAAGCACCUAGAGCCUUACAGAGAACACAGCUCACUGCCCUGCUUUAGGUUUUAGUGACAGCAUGAGCUGUGGAAGGAGAAACACAGGACCCUGAACUCUGGUCUUGACAGGUUAAAAGCGUGCUGGCUCACCUUUAAGGGUUGUUGGUCAAAAGGAGGAGUUCGAGUCACAGAAAGGCCCAGUGCCAGUAACUCACGCUGCUAGAACAAUGGGAGAGCUCCUCUGUCCAGUCUAAAUAUCCAUUAUACAUUGGUUCAAAGGCUUCAGCUGGCCCAGAAAAAUACCAUGCAUUUAUUUACAUUCAUAUUGGUUAAAACAUGUAUGUCACUUAUCCUUCAUCAAAUCUUAUGAUGAAUAAUGUAGCUUACAUUUAAAAUGUGCUUCUAGUUUAAAUGGGAGUGAGAUUUGGCAAUGGUGCACCAGCGGACAAAAAUGCCUGUGUUAGCUUGCUGGUCUUUUGUUUGGUUUUGGUUUUGGUUUUUUUUUUUGGGGGGGGGGGGCACUUUGUGGCUAUUGGUUUAAAAGAACAAAAAUCUCCUCCUGCAAGUGAGGAGUCCUGACUAUGAACUAGUGGAGUCUGAAAGGCGGCUGGUUCAUGGAGCUCUUUACAUUAAGGGAAACUUAGUGUUUACAGAUGUGCCACUAGUUUUUUAACAUUACAACAGGACUGUACAUAGAAGCUGUCCCACAAAAGACCAAAGCUAUAAUGCAACAAGUAGUAAUUCCUGAGCUGUCAGUGGAUUGAAUGCCUUAUUAUGAAAGCCAAACUAUGCAAUGCAACUCUAAAGUCUGAUGCUGCUCCAACAUAUUUCAGCUGCUUAUAGCCCAAAGCAAAUGCAUAGAAUCAUAACCCCUGUUUUGAAGGCUACAUUUUUUUGUUGGUGGGUGGUGGGGAAAGGGCACCCCCCCUCCUCCCACCCUGCCCAAGAUUAGCGAUAACUACAAUUUGGUGGGGUUUUUUGCCACUGAAGGGCACACACUCAGAAAAAAAUGGACUUUUCUUCCUUGGGUGUAUCUCCUGCUCUCUCUUCUCUUGCACAAUGUGUUGAUCAAGCAACUACAGAUGAUAUUGUUUCAGACACUGUUCCUGUUUAUUUUCCUGUAUUUAAAGCUAUGGAUUGUUUAAAAGUUGCAGAUUGAAUGGAACUGAUGGCUUCAGUGCUAUCAAUAAAAACGAAGCUGCACCACUGUUCUGAAUGCAGCGUGUGGUGUGACGUGGAACUGGAAACGAAUGCUCUUCCCGAGACUUUUAAAGUGUAAAGUAUGUCAAAUGUUUAUUCCCUUCCCCACUUCCUUUAAAUUGUGAUAAGAUGCAAACAGGUGUGUUUGUGCCAAAUUUUGUGACAGCCCCUCUCUCUGGCAAGCAAGGAAGCUUUAUGUAUAAACAGUGUGCGUUUAUAUUAAGGUAAUAGCUCAUGUAACUUAAUAGUGUUGUAAAUGGGAGAGGGGAUUGAUAAACUAUAAAUACAGGUAUUUUAUUUUUUUGUACAUUUUUCAGAAGGAAAAUAAUAAAUAUUCAUAUGUAAGA